UAAGCCAUCCCUUAACUGCCGUUAGUCUUUGCAAAGUACAAAAAAAAAGAAAAAAAAACAAACAAACGAAAAAAAAAAGAAGGAAUAGAACAUACUUUAUAUUCGCGUUUUAGAGUUAAAUAAUCAAAUCAGAGAUUACGUGUUUGAUCGUAUAUGACUCACUUUUUUCCCCCUAUAAAACGAACAUUUUUAUCAUUGAAUAUUAUGAGCGAAAGAAAUUAGCGUGCUUCUAAUAUACCCACGUGUCUUUUAUAUCAUCAAAAACUAGAUGAUUCGAUAAAAACAACAAAUAUUACAAUCAAUUACAACAAAAUGGAACCACCUUACAACAUUUUUUAAGCAACAGUUGUUCCUACAUUUUUAUUUGUCAUCUAAAUAGUGGUACGAAAAGCGCGCGAAAUAUCAGGCGGAGGAAUACAUUGAUUGUCUUGUUGCGCAAUAGUCCCUAAAUAAACUACAACAAGGUACGUAUAACUUCCAACUUCAACAAAACCAUGAAUGAAAAAGACAAGGAGACGCUUAUAAGGAAAAGAGUGGAGUUGGUUGACAAUAUAGUAAUGGAAGAACUUUUAACACAUUUGAUAGCCAAAAAGGUUGUAACAAAAAGACAAGCUGAAUCUAUUAAUGCUGUCAAUGGUAACUCCAAGAAAGUAGAAGUCUUUUUGGACUUUCUUAUAUGUCGAGGCCCUGAUGCAUUUCAGCUUUUCUGUGAGGCCCUAAUAGCAAGUGACCAGGACUUUAUUGUUUCACAUUAUUUAAAGGCGGACAAUAAAAGUAAGGACUUGUCAUUUGAUAACAUUCCUAGUCCAAAAGAUAAUGAACCAAACAAUGAGCUUUUAUUCAAAGACAGUGAUAAUUCUAAUAUUAGAAUAAAGUACAGCUCAGCUUCUCCACUCAAGAAAUGCAAUAGCACUCCAACCAAGAGUUCUCCUAAAUCACCCGAUGUCAGAUAUCUUCUGAAACAUGUUAUAUCUGAACCUGCACCCUCGCCGUAUUCUUUGAAUAAUAAUCAGGGAAUUACUAGAAGUGACCGCAUAGAUAACAGCAUGUCUCCAGCUAUUGAAGAACCAUGUCCAAAGAAAAGAAAGCUAUUCAAUGAACAGGACAUUGAUAUCCUUAAAAUCAAGCCUGCUACCCAAGAAUUUUAUUUUAAAAACCGUUCUCAAUCUUACAAAAUGGAUGGUAUACCCCGUGGCCUGGCUCUUGUAAUAAACAUCAACAAAAUUGCUGGAAUGGCUCCCCGAGAAGGCAGUAGCAUUGAUUAUAGAAGAAUGUCUUGCUUACUCAAGCAAUUACAGUUUAAUGUAGUUUCUUAUGAUGAUGAAAAACUAACAGCCGAGAAUAUCUUAAUUAAAGUUCGAGAAUUUAAGGAUUUGCCCGACCACAAAAAUGCAGAUGCUACAGUGGUUUGUUUAUUUAGUCAUGGAACUAAUGGCUUCAUAUAUGGGACUGAUGGUGAAAAAGUAUCCUUGGAUGAUGUUUUCUCACUGUUUGAUGUUGAUGAAUGUCCAGAUUUGAGGGAGAAGCCCAAAAUCUUCAUAAUGCAGUCCUGCCGUGGAGAUAAUGUUGAUUUGAGAAGGGUACCAACUCUGAAAGUCUCUGCUUCAGAUUUUGCUGACAAUGCGCCUCUACAAAAGACGGAACCAACAAUGUCUGAUUCAUUAUUUUGCUAUCCAACACAAGAAGGAUAUCGAGCGUGGCGUAACUAUGAGGAAGGUAGCUGGUUCAUUCAAGCUCUUGUCGAUAUUUUUGCUAGACAUGCUUGUGAGAAGGAUAUUUGUGCCAUGCUAAAUAUGGUGAACAGUAUGGUUUCUCAAAGAACAUCCUCGAAUCCUUCAACUGGUUUAAAUGGUGCCAAGCAAAUGUCUGAAUUCAAAAGCACUCUUAGAAAAGCGUAUUUAUAUUUUUACCCUGGUAUUGGUCGUAAACAAAAUUAGGAAUCUACAAACAAGGCAAAAGGAAAACUUAUCUCAAGACUU